UGGAUCGUCUGCCUGCUGGAGAAGAGGAUCAGGUUUGUCGAAAUAUUUGUGGGCUUUCGUGGGAGGAAUUGGUGCAAAAAGCUAUCUCUCAGCCUGACGACCUAACCGACGAUGAAGCUCGAUUGGUAGCUCACGGCGUAAACUAUCCGCCUAUCCGUAAGGAUGUAUUCCCUCAUGACGAUUAUAGCUAUUUGACGUGGAAAAGAUAUCAGACUGAGGAUGAGCAUGAAAGGAGAUAAUUAUCCCCGCCGCGCAUUCCCCAAUAGAAGAAUGUCGACUUAAUUGGCACUAGGAAUGAAGCUGAAAAGAUCGCGGGAAGCGAGCUUGAACGUACUGCAGCCAGGAAAGCUUACCAUCAAAUGACACUGGCCUCCAAAGCCGAAGGCGAAGCAACGUUACGGCUUACGGGCGAUGACCGGCGUAACAUCCAACAUACACAGGCCAUUCCCUGGGUCUUUGAGGCGCAACUUCUGCCUAGAUGGGGGUUUGUCCUGUUCCGCACCUCUUUCGGUGACGAUAAAAAAUGGAAGCAGUUCAAGGAGACGUUCACUGAAGUUAUCGAAAUUUCUCUUCUAUGUGUUCCUUUCUCGGCGCGUAUUCGCCGCACUCGGAUGCUGCAGUACCUUGAAGAUGAAGCACUAGCCGAGGCUACUUUGUCUCAGUUGCGGGACCGCUUCAGCAAUAUGUGUCGUCCAUCCGCCCAGGAUGACGUAGAAGAACAAGGAGCUCAGAAAAUCAAGCAAGGCCUCCGCCGCGAUGCCUUCCUCUACGCUGAUGCCGACGCUAUAGCCUCGGUUAUCGGCUGCACGCUGCCUAACCGCGGCUGGGUCCGCGCUGCUGACCCCAAGUUUGACGCCACCAAGCCGUCACUGGAGCACCGUAAUGAACGGUUCAGAGGUGUUGUGAACAUCGCAAUCACGGCUGUCCUUACCGCCUUCUAUGCACGCCUAGAUGUGGACGCCCCGCUUCCAGCCAAUCCAGAGAAGGAUGAGUGUUUGCGGCAGAACUGGGAAUUGAUCUGGAGAAAAUCGAGGGUGUUCCCUGCACAUUACCCACCAAAGCUGCAGUUCAACAAGUAGCACGUGGCAUGACCUUUUUAAUUACUAGAGGUCUCAAAAAAUGAAU